AAUCAUUAUAAGCAGCUUGUUUAGUCUUAUCACCAGCAAUCAUGUGUAAUGAAAACUGCGAAGAAAGAGCCCCAACUUUCCUUAGGCUUCGGCUUUUGAUUGGAAAACUGCAGAGACGCAUCUCGCUUUUAGGAGAAAUCAGAGAGACUGAUGAGAUCGAUUUCGAAGAAGGAGCUUUGGAAGUUCCACCGACAUUACCAGAUGAUGUUAAGGAAGGGCAUUUCGCGGUGUCGGCGGAGAAGGAUGAUGAGAAAAAGAGGUUUGUUGUUAAGCUUAAGUACUUAACUAGCCCUAUGUUUCUGAGGUUGCUUGAGCAGGCUGAGGAAGAGUAUGGAUUCGAACAAACCGGAGCUUUAGUGGUCCCUUGCAAACCUCAGGAAUUAAACAAGAUUUUAGGAACACAUGAUGAGUACGAGAACCAGUUCUGAAGACAUGAUGGAUAAAAGAUCAGAGUUCUGAAGACUUAGAUUGUUCUAAUUCUUCUCUACAUAUUACUUGUCUUCUAUAUAUAUAAAUAUUGACUUGUGUUCUAUACUGGUGUGCAUGUAACUGUGUGAGUUUUUGCCUACGCAUUUCCUUUAUUCCUUUAGAAGCACAAAGAGGAAAUGGCGUUUAAGAAAUUUGUGAUAACUCUAUAAAAUAGAGUUAUU